UGCCGAGGACAACCCUCCACCUCCCCCUUUCCAAGAAAACGUUGCUCUUCUUCGUCUUCUUCUCUCUCCCCGGCUUCCGAAGAAAAGAACCCUAAAGUAAGGGGAUUUUAGCGAGGAGUAGGACCAAGAGGGAAGAAAGAUCUGAUCUUGGAGGUGGUCGUUUUUCUCCGUCUGCGACGAGAUUCUCUACAAGAUUUGGACUGAGCGAGGAGAAAGCCCAGAUCUUGGAGGUGCCGUGUGCUGGUUUCUCCCUUCCCAACGAGGCUAGUACCUCAAUAUCCUGGUUUGGAUAGAGUGGCUGAGUUCUCUGAAUAUCUUGGUUUUUUCCUAAUUUUUGCAACCUACGGUCUUAGCCAAGCACUAUACAUGGUUUUGUAGUGAUUGCUGCACCAGGUGUAGCAACUAAGGGAGACUAUAAGAUGGUUUCUGAUGGAGAUGAAGAACAGAGCCAGGACUACCUUUUUAAGAUUGUUCUCAUUGGUGAUGCUGCUGUUGGAAAGUCAAAUUUACUUGCAAGAUAUGCUCGGAAUGAAUUCUACCCAAACUCCAAGUCCACAAUAGGAGUUGAGUUUCAAACUCAGAAGAUGGACAUUGACGGGAAGGCAGUCAAAGCUCAGAUAUGGGACACUGCUGGUCAGGAACGUUUCAGAGCUGUGACAUCUGCAUAUUAUCGAGGAGCUGUCGGAGCUCUUCUGGUGUAUGAUAUCAGCAGGCGUCAAACUUUUGAUAGUGUUGGCCGAUGGCUUAAUGAACUACAAACUCACUCCGACAUGAAUGUUGUGACGAUUCUCGUGGGCAACAAAACUGAUCUCAAGGAUGCCAGGGAGGUAACCACAGCUGAGGGGAAGGCACUGGCAGAGGCCCAGGGCCUCUUCUUCAUGGAAACCUCUGCGCUUGACUCUUCCAAUGUGGCAGCAGCUUUUCAGACUGUAGUUAAAGAGAUCUAUAAUAUACUAAGCAGAAAGAUGCAUCUAUCUCAAGAUCAAAAGAAGCCCAACAUGUCAUCAUUAGGAAAUGGGAAGACUGUGAUUUUACAGGAGGAUGCAAAUGACACGAACAAUGGAGCCAAAGGAAACUGGUGCUGUUCAUGAAGCCGUCCAUGACCUGAUAUCGGUGAAUUAAUGACCAUGCUCGUCUCUUGGGUAACCCAGAGAACAAGAGAGAAAUAGUGCCGUUCAAAUUCAUGUUCUGGCUCAAGUCCUCCCCCCACCCCCAAGGACAAUUUAAGAAGGUUCUUUCUUCCCCAGGCAGGGGCAGACGGACCUCUGGGGCCAUUUGGGUGCGUCGAUGGUAAUUGUCUUUAGUGGAAGGAAUUGUUUGCAGGAUUCAAACCCUUGCCUCCUUGAUACUGUUUGAGAACAUAUUUAUAUGAUCUUGUCUCUUUUCUUUUCCUCCUCCAUAGUGCGGUCAUGUUUCUUCUAUUAUAAAGCAAUGUAAAAAAGAUAAAUUUUUCCAGCGUUCGACUUUGUUAAAUUAGAUGCAAGGAUUUCACUUGGGGUGUGUAAUGAUGUAGGUGUUGUAAUCUAUAUACGGUUUGGCUGAAGAAUUUCAAGUUGCCCAUUUCCUC